AUGACAACACCAACAAAUGUUGCAGAUGCUUACAACCGAGAAGAAUUGUUUCAUUUGAACAUUCAAGUGAAGAAGACUGUUGUACAAGCAAUUGUCGAUCCUGGAAGUCAGAAGAAUCUGAUUUCAGAGGCUCUAGUAAAGAAAGUAGGUUUAGAAACAAUGCCUCACCCUAAGCCUUACCCAUUAGGCUGGAUUCAGAAGGACAUUGACAUGCAGAUAACGAAGCAAUGUACCUGCUUCAAAUUUGCAAUCACUAAUCGUUAUAUCGAUGAAGUGACAUGCGAGGUGGUUCCAUUGGACGUAUGCCAAGUUAUAUUGGGUAGUCCAUAUCUAUGGGAUCGUGAUGCCAUUCACUACAGGAGGCUUCGAAAGUACCGUUUGGUGAAGGAUGGGAAGGAGUUCCACAUCAACGCUUGUAAGCCUCAAUCUACGGACAAUCUGUUGACAGCUAACCAAGCCAAGCGAUUGGUUAACUCUUGUGCACGAUUCGUUUUAUUGAUGAUUCGACCACAAGAUCAAUGUGCUGAUGCUGUCACCUUGUCAGCAAUGACUCUGACACCUUCACAAUGUUCCGAUAUUGGAAAAUUGCAGAAGGAAUUCAAGGAUCUUUUUCAUGAUGCGCAGGGGUUGCCACCGCGAAGAGCUGUAGAGCAUGAAAUCCAUUUGGUUGGAGAUUCACCUCUGCCAAACUUGGGUUUGUAUCGCACAUCUUUGACGGAGAGUGAAGAGAUCAAAAAGCAAAUACAAGAGCUUAUUGAACAAGGAGUUAUAAAGCCCAGUUGCUCACCAUGUGGUUCACCAGUGUUACUUGUGCCCAAAGAUGGAGGGUGGCGUAUGUGCAUUGAUUAUAGAGCGCUUAAGAAGAUUACUAUUAAGAAUCGGUAUCCGCUACCGAGGAUUGAUGAUCUUUUAGAUCAAUUGCAUGGUGCUCGUUACUUCACCAAACUAGAUCUCAAAUCUGGUUAUCACCAAGUACGCAUCCAUGAAGAAGACACUUGGAAGACUGCAUUCAAGACGAAGCAGGGACUCUUUGAAUGGUUGGUUAUGCCAUUCUGA